AUGGCUGGCAUCAAAGACGGAGGCGAUCCUGUCGCUGCCGGUCGUGGGGCGAAGAUCCGCGAGUCCAUGAAACAGUUGCUUCAAAGUAAAGCCGUGAAGGGCUCCCUGGCAACAAGCCGGAAUCUUCCGGAUGCAUCGAAGGUUGCUGAAAACGAUGCGGCGAAACGCAACGAGGAAUUCUUCCGGCAGCUCGAACAGGAUUAUGGGCGCCUCUGCCGCGAUGAUGGAUGGGAUGAGGUCCUUCGGGCCGCACGUGAAGAGCCCAUUGCUCCGCCGCUCCGACCCGAGGAUGCGAUUCCUGCCGGCUCUGACUACUUCCGGGUGAAGCUGCCACCAGGUCAAGACCGUGAGCUACGUCUUGACCCGGCAAGAACUGGAAACGGCAAAGCAUUUGUGGAAAGCCGUCCAAGACGGAAUCUCGAUGCUCUUCGGAAAGUCGAGCAGGAGACUCGAGAGGCCAUGGAGCGGGAGCAGCUACGCCUUGACAGUCUGCCCAAGUCGGAGCCCAUCCGCACACGGUCUGACGUGCGCUCCUUGGUCUUGGGAAGACCGAGCCUCACAGCUUUAGCGGUUGGCAGCCAAGCCGGCGCCUUGGUGCUUCAACACAAGAUGUGUUUAUAUGCCAAGCGGAAAGGUAAGGGCAACAAGGGCCACGAACAGAUCCGAAGGGCCGAAGGGUCCACUGGCGUGGUGGGACCUUUUCCAGGCGUGGCUCGCUACACUCCCCGUGCAGAGUUCAGCGGGCCAACUGUCGACGGUAACCUGUACGGCCGUCAGACGGUGGACGUGCCAACAGCGGCGGAGGAGCAAGGGGCCGUUGCUAGCAAGCCGCUCGACCUGACCAGUGUCGAGGAGCUCUUUGCGGGUGACACCGCGAUGCGCUGUCAUGCAACGCGCCUGCCACAUGCAAGCGGGCUUACCGGCCACUCCGUCCAAAGACGCGGAAAUCCGAAGAAUUUCGCACGCAGCAAGAAGCUGCGUUCCUGUGUGUACUCGUGGAGCGGGAGUUUGCCCUGGGCUGUGGCACAGCACAUUUGGGCAGAUUCCGCAGCAUCGAUCGGAUUUGCGAACGUUGAACAUGAUCGGCCUGGUUCAAGGUUCAAGACCUUGGGGGUUGCCGAGUUCUAUGUUCAAGCUUCGCACAAAGCUGUUCGAACUUCGAAAAGUAAAGAGUGCCAACUGUGUGACCAAACACCAAAAGUCUGGUCCAGAGGUGCGGGCAGCCCUGCCUUCCAUCGGCAUGGUCAACGGUGGGUGCCAUCAAGCAGGUACCAUACGGCCAACAUGACCAUGCUGGUCACAAUCGUGGCGCAACAGAUUCAGCCCGCGAAUGUUCAACCUGAAGCACCUUGCGUAUUCGAAGUCUUCGCGGGCUUCGCAAUUUUUGGGCUUCCUAGCCUUUCUGUGGAUGUCGUGGACUUGGCCCACCUCAGCCAGGAGAAGGGCUGCUCAGCAUACCUUUCGAAAAGUCUGAGGAGCCAUAUCUACGGAAGCGAAAAAAGCGACAAGGUCCAUGAGGGCGGUGUUGUUGCAUUCUGGCACGACCAGGGCGCACUGGGCAUUGCUUGCCCCAUGAUGGCACAAACAUCUAGGAUGAAGGGCGACAUGCCUCUGGUUAUGGCGUGGUUUCCGCACCGCGGGGCAUCCACGGACCUGGGACAUCCGGAGACUGUCCUGGAGUUGCAGCACCAAGAGCUGUUGUCACGCUUGGACGAGUGGCUGCAAAGAGUCAGCGACACAAUCGGCAGGACGGAGCCGGAGAUGACGUUGCAAACGUCCAAUAGAUCCCAGAUUCGUUCCCCUGCCAGUGGUGAGCCGCUCCCGAAGCAGCUUCCCCGGCAGCUAUCACGGAGCAAGACCCUUAGAGUCAAGGAGGUAGGCGACGGAGAAGAAGGUUUGGGCAGCUAUGAUUUGGCGCGGCACCAGGGCUCGAAGGUGGAUAUGUUCAAGAAAAUGAAAUCCGAGGAGGCGAGCUUGGCCAAGUCCGAGGAGCAGACCACACAGUGCGGGAUGGUGCAGAGCUGGUGUUCAAGGAUCGUCAAAUCAACAGUAUGCGAAAUCUUCUUCGCAUUGAUGAUCGUCACCAACUCCGCCUACCUUGGCGUGCAGCUAGAAUGGAGCUCGCAGAACAGAGACAGGACGGCUGAACAGCAAAAUGUUUUUCUCGUUAUAAACGUGGUCUAUGCCGUCAUUUUCCUCAUUGAGGUUUGCCUGCGCCUAUUGGCUAGCGGGCCCAGAAUCUAUUUCCUGGCUCCUGGCUGGUCCUGGAAUUGGCUCGAUGUUUUCGUGGUGACGUCAACCUGGGUUGAGCUUGCCGUUGGCUUCAUCUCGGUUGAUGGUAACGAUGGUGGCUUGUCAAACAGCAACCUUCGAUUGCUGCGUGUGAUCAAGGUCACAAGACUGGCCCGUGUUCUUCGAGUUCUGCGCGUUGUGCAGUUUGUGCGACCAUUGAGGACGCUCAUGCAUUGCCUGGUCGACACUACAAAAUCCUUCGUUUGGUCACUGAUGCUUUUGGUUCUCAUGAUGUACGUCUUCGGCCUGCUCUUCACUGAUGCCGCCAUUGACCACAUGCGCAUAAUCGGAACUACGGAUCCAGAUAUGGACAGGCUGUUUGGAACUGUGCCUUCUUCUAUUUCAACGCUUUUCCGCUCCAUUUCGAAUGGCAUGGAUUGGGGUACUGCCGCAGAUAGCCUCACAGCGAUUGACCCCAUUUGGGCACAACUGUUCAACUUUUACAUUGCAUUCAUAAGUUUCGCAGUAUUAAAUGUGAUGACCGGCGUAUUUUGUAACUCAGCCAUCAAGGCUGCCGAGCGUGACCACGAGAUGGUCAUCCAUUCGCUAUUGCAGAGCCGGAAAGAAUUCAAAGACUUGGUGUCGAAUCUCUUCCAAAAGAUAGACGACCUGGGCCUCGGGAUGAUCACAAUUUCUGAGUUCGAGCAGCAUUUCAACGACGAUUCGGUGCGGGCCUUCUUUGAGUCGCUGGAAAUGGGCGCUGUUGACGCAUGGACGUUAUUCGCGAGCUUGGAUGCGGACGGCGACAAUGUCAUCAGCUUAAAGGAUUUUACCGAGCGAUGCAUUCAGCUACAUGGUCCUGCAAGAUCAGUCGAUCUGUAUGCGUUGACACAGCAGAACGUCAAGCUUCGACAGCAGCUACAAGCUAUUGAAGACCUCCAGCUUCAACUUGAUCAGUACGUCCGUGCGCGGCCUCGACUGCGCGAGGGAUUGAUGAGUUCAUCAAAGGAGAUGCAGCGGACGGUGUCGGACUUUCGAGAUGCGGAUGGGACGCAUUGCCGAGUAUGA